AUGGACAUUCAAAAGCAGCACUUAUGUCCGCGAUUGGUGGAUUAUUUAACUAUCGUUGGCGCUAAACCGUACACUUCAGGAAAAGGAUUGGCACCAGUCCAGGCACCAGAACUUCUCCGUCGCUACCCACUAACGAACCACGAUGACUUCCCCCUUCCUCUGGACAUGGUGUACUUCUGCCAGCCCGAAGGCUGCGUGUCCGUGGGCCCGCGCCGGCAGCUUGCUCAUAUUACAACACGCGACACCACGUCCUUUGUCUUCACGCUUACCGAUAAAGAUUCCGGUAAAACUCGGUACGGCAUAUGUAUCAACUUCUACCGCGCCGUGGAGCGAGCGCCGGCGCCGGGGCCCCGCGAGCGAGGUGUGUUACGUCGCGAGUCCUGGCGGAAAUCUAUGGAGAAGAGCUCUGAUUCCGCGUUCUCCAGUGACUAUAGGAGCAGCAACGUAGCGCCGAGUGACUCGGAGCGCGACUGCAGCGCCGCGCCGCGCCUCGCACCGGCGCCUGACUCCGAGAGCGGCGGCUCGCACUCGCCCAGCCCGCGAGUCACGAGGAAAAGACAGAGAAUACGGAACCAUUCCUUAACGUCCAUAUGUUUAUUGUCACAUCAUCCUUUCUUUUCAACAUUCCGAGAGUGCCUCUUUAUCCUUAAAAAAUUAAUCGACGCAUGUAACGAGUCUUCCAGUCCGAGGCGUGUCGGUGCCUCUCGACAAAUAUUUAGGGAUACAGUAUGGUCGGUGCUGACGGGCCAGGCGUACGAGAACACGCCCACGAUAGUGGUGCACGACGUGAAGGAGAUCGAGACGUGGAUCCUGCGGCUGCUGUCGGCGCCCGUGCCCGUGCCCGGCAAGACGCGCCUCGAGCUCGAGGUGCUCUCCCCCACCGCGCACGCGCCGCUCGUCUUCGCGCUACCCGACCACACGCGGUUCACGCUCGUCGACUUCCCGCUUCACCUACCCCUGGAACUACUAGGUAUCGACACGUGCCUAAAGGUUCUAACACUGAUCAUGCUGGAGAACAAAGUUGUGGUUCAGUCUCGCGACUACAAUGCGCUGUCCAUGUCCGUAAUGGCACUCGUCUCCAUGCUAUAUCCGCUGGAGUAUAUGUUCCCCGCGAUACCGCUGCUGCCCAGCUGUAUGAGUUGCGCCGAACAAUUGCUUUUGGCACCUACUCCCUUCCUCAUUGGAAUACCAGCCACUUUUCUUACUUACAAGAAGAACUUUAAACUACCAGACGAUAUUUGGCUCGUGGACUUAGAUGCAACGAAGCUGACAGGUCCUACUGGUAACGAUCAAGACCUACCACCUCUGCCUGAGCCAGAGAGUUCAGUCUUGAAAAAUCAUCUGAAGCAGGCUAUGCAAGUCAUGGGAAGCGCCGGAACUGGUGCCAUAAACAGCUUAACGAAUAGCUCAGCGGAACAAGCCUCAGCUCCACUAAUGCCUUCAAUGAGAGACAGCGUCGGUGGUGCAACUCUAAAGGUGCAGCCGGCCUCGUUCCGCGAGGGCUCGCACAGCACGCCGGAGAGCCGGCGCGUGUCGCUGGGCAGCGCGCCCGCGCCGCGCCUGUCGCUCGCGUCGCCGCACUCGCCCGCGCCGCAGCCCUUCAACCCGCUCAUAUACGGCAACGACGUGGACUCCGUCGACGUCGCUACCAGAGUGGCUAUGGUGCGAUUCUUCAACUCACAGAAUAUUUUGGCUAACUUUAUGGAACAUACGCGUACUCUUCGAUUAUACCCUCGACCGGUAGUCGCAUUCCAGAUCAACAGCUUCCUAAGAUCAAGGCCUCGAACUACUUCUUUUUUAAACAAAUUCGCCAGAACUCAGGCAGUAGAAUUCUUGGCAGAAUGGUCAUUGACACCGUGUAACGUGGCGUUCCUUCGAGUACAAACUGGGGUGUUUGAUCCGCGACAAAUUGGUGACAAACCGAAGUGGUUCGCAGAUCAACUUCAGCCAAUACGAUUUGCCGUAUGGGAUGAUGGUAGCUCUCUAAAUGGGGCUUUGCGGCAAUUGCAGAGACAGGAAAAUCAACCAACUGACGAAAGUGGCUCAGACUCUGAAGCUGCAGAAAGUACUAGUUCCUCUUAUUCGUCUCUAAGCGAUUUUGUUUCGGAAAUUGCAUCUUCUGAUUUAUCGCCAGGUGGAAAUGCUCAUCAACAACAUGUCAUAGGAGAAACGUAUAACGCUGUAGUUCAAGUUCCGAUGACUUUCUCGUCUUCACUAGACCCUAAAACUGUCUACAGUCCCCCAUCAUCACUAAUGUUCGGGGAAGAAGAAGAAGAGCGCAAGGAAGGGCGAGAGUCGUCCGGCUCGAGUUCCGAGCACAGCGACCUUUCAGACGACGACAUGCAGGGCGCCGCCGCCGGCCCCGGCGUCGACGCGCAACCCGCUCCCGUCAAGAAGAGUGAUACGGACAGCGGUAGCUUGGGACGCGAGUCCGACUCGAAUUCCACCACAACACCCGCAACUAUUGCGUCCCGUCGGCCGCGCACUCCCGCCGACUGCGACGCGACCUCUACACACUCUACCGCUCACUCUACCGCACACUCUACCGCACACUCUCCCGCACACCCUACCUCACACUCUACCGCUCACUCUACCGCACACUCUACCGCACACUCUCCCGCACACCCUACCUCACACUCUACCGCUCACUCUACUGCGCACUUACCCGCUCACGCUGCCGCCUAUGAUCAGCACUCUACCGGACACCCGCACGCCACCAGGACUAAGAGUUCAAACGCUGGUGUAUCUAGACAAGCGUCUCAGACUUCCCUGCUCGAACAGUUCGCAGCGCAGGCGAAGGAAUUAGUGAAAGAAACUACACGACAGAGCAGUCAAGAGGGACUUUUAGCUCACAUGGACAAGAAAGGAAAGGUGCCACAAGGAGAGGAAAAGAAAAUAUUUGCGCCUUUCGAUAAGCUGACGUUACAAGCCAAGAAAGCAGCUGAAGAGGCAUCAAAAAGCGUUCAAGAAGCUUCUAAAUCAGCUUUAGAAGCCAGUAAAACAGCUACCGCUGUUAGCAAAAACACACUCGAGGAUCUAACUUACGUGGGAAAAUCCACUUUCGGAGAUUUUACCAAAAGCGCCAAAGAAGUAGCUGCGAAAAAAGGCCUGUUGAAGGGUGAAAGUCAAGAAGCAGCAUUGCCACCCAACGCAAGACGUGAUUCAACAGCGUUGCAGACGACUAACUUACUGGCUACAACUCACCGAGAUUUCUUUUCUAAUAUCAGCUCUGAUUUAAACGGACUCGCCGCUUCUACCUCUAGCAUGUUCAGCGAUUUCUUUGGAUCAAAGGGCACAAGGCCGCCGCCCGCGCCGGCGCGCGCGGCGCCGGGCGCGCCGCUGGCCACGUUCGGGCCGUUCUCGCAGGGCGCGCGCGGCCUGGUGCAGCGCUCGCCGCUCGUGCGCCACGCCGCGCGCGCGCCCGCCGCGCCGCCCGCGCCGCGCUCCGCCGCCCAGGAGAACCAGGCCUUCCUCAACGACUUAGUACAACAUGUUCUUGAAGGUGAAGGCGUAGGGUGGCUGAAAUUAAAUCGUUUAAAGAAACUGAUGGAAGAUGAAUCUUAUAGAAACAUGGUCCUGAGUAAAUUGAACAAAAAUUUCAAUAGAAAACCUACACCGACUGAUAAAGUUGACGAUGUGUUCAUAAGCAAAGCUGUUUGGAAGGGAAUGCUUAAAGUUCUUCAAUCGGUUGUCCAUGGCUUAGAACAUACUUACUCAAACUUUGGCCUCGGAGGAAUGGCUUCGGUAUUCCAACUAGCAGAAAUGGCUCACACGCAUUACUGGAGCAAAGAAGUCGCUGGACUAGAGCAAGGGGGGAUGGCAGGGUCUGCACUAUCAGAACAUUAUGGACGACAGGAUAUGGAAACCCCUUCAUCUGCAGCUUCUUCUAGAAAAAGUUCGCAAUCAGAUACUCCAAUUGUUAACUAUCCAGAAAUGGAUUCCAAUGAUUCACAAACUACAACUGAGAUGUUUAAAGACAUAUUGAGUCAGAAGAGAAACCAACUGUUCAGCAAGUUAACAUCGCUUGAUUCCGAUGCGGCGCCGUCGGACUGCUCGCAGGACAGCGGCUCCGUCGCCACGAACCGCGCCACGCUCGUCGACCACCGCGCCUCCUUUAAAUCAAACCUCUCUGACACUGACGUGAAUUUCCUUAACGUGAAUCGCGCUACAGGCAAAGGUCGUACAGGAAGCGUCUUUUCGUCUAAAUCGUCUCUAAGCGCCCGGCCGAUGACAGGGGUGCCCACAACUUCACCGCUUACAUCUCCCGAGACAGCUCGCACUUACCUCUAUCAGGGGCUUAUUGGCAAAGAAAGGUCCAAUUUAUGGGACCAAAUGCAAUUUUGGGAGGAUGCUUUUCUUGAUGCAGUUAGUCAAGAGCGAGAUAUGAUAGGUAUGGAUCAAGGAGUUAAUGAGAUGAUGGAGCGCUACAAAUGUCUGAGCGAGACUGAAAGGAAGCGCCUCGAACACGAAGAAGAUAGGCUACUGUCAACUGCUUUGUAUAACUUAACUGCUGCAAUGGUACUGUUUGAAGUAGAGGCGGAUAUAGUUCGGAAUAAAGUACGACGAUUAUUGGCUAAGAGUCAUAUUGGACUUGUUUAUAGUCAAGAGGUUAAUCAUCUUUUGGAUGUGGUUCAUAAUUUGCACGGGAACGACAUCACGCUGAAGGCGCUGGGCUCGCGGCAGGUGCGGCGCGCCACGUUCACGGUGCACGAGGGCGACGCGGCGGGCCCGCUGCGCUUCUUCGAGGUGCGGCACGACGGGUUCGUGUUGCGCUCGACGCAGGGAACAAUCGUGGACCGGUGGUGGUACGAACGUCUGGUGAACAUAACAAUCGGUCCGACACGACGAGUAUUGUUAAUUUGGAAGAAAACUGGUGGUCAAUCGCAACUACAUAAAUAUUACUCAAAAAAGUCCAAAGCGCUGUACUACUGCAUCAAAGAGGCGAUGGAAAAAAGCGGUCUCCGGCAGGACGCGGCCGAACUGGGUGGAGAGUUCCCCGUGCAGGACUGCGCCACGGGGGAGGGCGGGCUCAUACAGGUGUGCAUGGAGGGCGUCGGACUCCUGUUUCAUCACAGCAAGGACUUCGAGUUUUUCGUGCGGCUCGACCAUAUACGGAAGUGCUUCACGCAGAAUGGCGGUAUCUUCGUUUUAGAAGAAUUUAAUCCCAAAACAAGACAGAUAAUACAGAGGAAAUACAAAUCAGUAAUGGCGGAUCAGAUAUGCUACGCGGUGCUAUGCGUGUUCUCGUACUUCGCGGCCGGCCACGACCAGAAGAAGGCGAUACUCGAGCAGGCGGCGCGCAUCCAGCCGCCCCCCGACGACGCGCCCGCCACUGGCAGAGCUAGUCCGCAGGUGGAUAGGCGACCCUCGCAUAUACGCGCCAGCGAAUCCGAGAGAAGAGUGCCACCGGAUAGGCGCGUGCUGCCGGACCGGCCGAGAAUGCUGCCGGAACAGCCGAAACCGGACCCCGGCGGGGAGAGAAAAGCGCGAGAUGGGGUGGAUGGCGCCGGAGGGAAGAAGGGAAGGCAUGGUUUAGAGGCAGAUAGUGGAAAGAACGGGAAGGACGGUCUUGAGACUUGGGCAGGAGUAGAAUCCUACCAGGUGGGGACCCAGAUGAGGUACCUAGGUCUCACCUUGGAAGGGAGGUGGGCUUUUGGGGCUCAUUUUGCCAAGCUAGCUCCAAGAGCCGUGAGAGCCGCCGCCUCACUGGGAAGGCUGCUGCCGAACGUGGGUGGUCUGAGCGCCAAGUGCCGUAGGCUGUACUCCAGCGUCAUCCGGAGUAUGGCCAUGUACGGGGCACCCUUCUGGGCUAAAGCCCUAAGUCGCGCUAACAAGACCCUGCUGCGACGGUCGCAGCAGGUCAUCGCGACGAGGGCGAUACGCGGUUACCGGACGAUGUCCUGGACGGCGGCGUGUGUGCUGGCCGGCGAUCCCCCCUGGGAAUUGCAGGCAGAGAUCCUCGCCGAAAAUUAUCAUUUUGUGGCGGCGAGGAGAUCCCGGGGGGAGUCUCCUACGUGGGAGGAGCUCACACGCAUGAGGCUGGCGCAGGAUACCCUGUUACGGCGGUGGACAGAGGACCUGGCCCCGCCAGUCCCUGGGCAGUGGAAAGUGAACGCAGUGAAGCCGGUCCUCCGGAAGUACUUUUCGGACAUGGAUGCUUCGGUAAGUACCUGCACCAAAUCGUGGGAGGCGACUCUAGCCUACCACGAGUGUGAAGUGCCAGAAGAUACGGCGCUCCACACGCUGAAGGUGUGCGCCGCUUGGGAACCGCAGCGGCGCACGCUUCCAGCGGUUCUUGGACGGGAUCUCUCGCUGCCGAGUGUCGUAAAGGCCAUGUUUGACAGCGAAAGAUCGUGGCAGGCGCGGUCUUCUUCUGCGAAGAGGUCGGACAGCCCGCCGCGCAGGUCGGAAAGCCCGCUGCGCAGAUCGGAGAGCCCGCCGCGCAGGUCGGAAAGCCCGCUGCGCAGAUCGGAGAGCCCGCCGCGCAGGUCGGAAAGCCCGCUGCGCAGAUCGGAGAGCCCGCCGCGCAGGACGGAGAGCCCGCUGCGCAGAUCGGAGAGCCCGCCGCGCAGGACGGAGAGUCCGCUGCGCAGAUCGGAGAGCCCGCCGCGCAGGACGGAGAGCCCGCCGCGCCGGCCGCCGCCGCCGCGCCUGGCGCGCGCGCUGUCGCAAGCCGCGCCGCGCUCGCGCGAGCCUCCGCAGAUCCCGCCGCGGCCGGCAGCGGCGCGCGGCGCCCCGCCCGCGCUGCCGCCGCGCCAGCAGUCCGCCGCCGCAGACAUCUGCACCAGUCCCAAAGUGCCGGCGCCGCCGUCGCCGGCGGGGCGCGGCGCGCUGGCGCGCCAGAGCUCGGGCGCCGCGUUCGCGCCGUCCAACCCCUUCACGGCGCCGCGUCACGCAGAGUUCGUGAUCCCGCAGCGCGGCGCACGCCGCCCGUCCGCCGACAGGAACUGAACAACUAUUACAUUACAUUUAGAAAUUGCCAAAAUUAUGAU